CUCAGUCGGAUGAGACCGGGCGAGUAAUUGAACUCUGCAUUAUUUGUUUGCUAGAUAUUGGGUUAGCACAACUAACUAACUGUGGUGUGUGGAUGUAGUGUGUGGUUUUUACAUAAAACAGUGAGAUUAGGAAGCUGGAUUAGCUGGAGUCUGUUCAGAUUGUUUGUGUAGGUGGUUUUGAUGAGUUUAGCGAUUGGAAAGUGACAGUGUCAACGGAACCAGGCGAUGGGAUUACAGCACGCCUUGUCAAUUUUAUUGCUAAUAAACAUCUUUAAUGCCUAUGGGAAGUUAACAGGAGAUCAUAUAUGCCUAACAGAAAAGCUGUAUUUAGCUAAUGUAACAGAGACUUAUUUGAAAAAUGUAAUUCUGAGAAACUACAAAUGGUGUCUAAAUUUUCCACCAAGAUGUUCGUUUUACACCAAUAAGCAGAUUUCUGCUACCAGAGUCGUGGAAAAGAAUCAAACCAAAGUAGUUGAAGAAUGCUGUGCCAAUUUUGUAGAAAAAGAUGAACAGUGUAUAUCUUCAUGUCCUAGCUGUAUCAAUGGAAUAUGUGAAAAUGGACAUUGCAAUUGUGUAGCUGGCUUCAAAGGAAACAGCUGUGAGCUAGUGUGCAGUAAUGGCGAAUGGGGUCCAAAUUGUGCAAGAACCUGUGAAUGUGACAGCCGUUCUUGUGACUCUAUUAGUGGAGUUUGUAUGGAGCAAAGUUCUAGUACAUCAACCGAAACUCCCAAGACAUCAUCUACAGUAUCAACAACUGUAACUAAAAUAACUACAGUGCCAACACCAUCAACAGUGCCAAUAUUACCAACAUCGCAGACAGUAACAACAAAACCAACAGUCCCAACAGUACCUACAGUGCCAACAGUUUCGAUAAUACCAACGGUACCGACAAUACCAACGGUACCAACGAUACCAACGAUAAUACCAACAGUGGCAAAAUUGUCAACAAAACUUAUAGUAACAACAGAGGUAAACGUUAAAGAAUCUAGUACCACAGCAACGACCACUAACAAAACGCAAGGUACAACUGAAAUUAAUAAUGUUGAACAAAAUCUCAAUAAAACAAUAUACCCAAGUGACACAGGUGCAAAAGACACAACAACAAAUUCUGCAGACAUUUCUGACACAACUUCUUCAAGAAACAGAACCUCAAGUACAACACAUUUAACAGAGCAAGCUUCAACUAUCGCUGAUUCUAUAUCAUUAACCACGGAGCACGCAGUAGCAAAAACCUCAACAACUACUGAGAAACAGCACCCAACGAUUUCUGAUUUGUCUUCAACACCUGUUGGCUCAGAGAAAAGCAAGUAUACAACCAGAAUCUUCUCCAAUGGCUCUAUAGCAACCAACGACGGUCUGCUGAUCCCAGUGGAAGUGGAAUACGGAAGACUGAAAAGUGAUGUACAUGAAAACAACAGCAUCAAAUCUGUUGGUAAAGAAGAUUAUCUCAAUCGAGAUAAGUCUGAGAAUCGAGUGUCUUUCAACGAUUUUGCUCUAUUUGGUAUUACUGUAUUGCUAGCGCUGAUGAUAGUGGUUGUUAUUUUGGUUGUGAACAUUUUGAGAAAGCGGAAAGUUGAGCAGGGUUUAAAGACUGAGAGUAAUCAUCAGGUUGCUGUUUUUUCGGCCACUAUAUAUCAUUCAGCUGUACCAGAAAUUGUGGAAUAUGAAUACGACCAUCCGCCCUCUAGCAGCUACAGAACCACUUCAGUAUUUAGAGCAGACGAAGUUGUAGAAGAAACUAUUCCUGAAUACCAACCUGAGCCCAUAUAUGAUGAAAUUCCAAACAAGGUAUUUGAACCAACCACGAGCAGUAUUCCCCCUACGUCGAUAUAUAUAAAUACAUGUGAAUCGACUAAGUUUUGAUUAAAAUUUUUGUGCCAUUUAUGUUUAAUAAAAAACAAAUAAAGUAAAGGUUUGUUAUUUUUA